AUGGAUCAAUCGUAUCCUUUAAUUAAACCAAAUCAAGAAAUUCUUAAUUAUGAACCAACUGCUGAUGAGAAAAAGACCAAAAUUGGAAAAUACACCAUUCGAAGGCUAUUUGAAGGAGAACUAGACGAAUAGGAUAAUGCUGCCAUUAAUAAAUUUCUUGACGAAGCAGGCCCUUUCCAAAAUCCCAUUUGGACAAGGCCAUAAAUUUUGAGAUUCUUAUAAGCUAACAAUUUCAAAAAAGAUUAGACUGUUUCAACCAUGUAACAAUAUGAAGAAUGGGUAAAAACCUUACCAAUCAAUUACGAUGAACAGGUUGAAUAAUUUCUAGUAAUUUUCCCAUAAUAAUCAUUAGAAAGCUGGAAUUAUUUACAUCUAAGGUAGAGAUCAUUCUUAUAGACCUAUAAUUGUUUUGAAUGCAUAUAAGGUUAAUUUUAAUUCGAUGAGUCUUGAAUAAUAUCUAAGAGGGUUAACUUACUUCUUGUAAGUAGUUGUCAAUGAUAUGAUGGUAUCAGGCAAAGUUGAAAAUUGGGUCAUCUUGAUUGAUCUCGAUUAUAAAGGAAUGAUUGGACUUUAGAUUAAUGUAAAUCUAGUUAUUAUUAUUCCAAGGCUUUAAAGUAAGUGAUGUCCUAUUUAUAAAAUAACUACAGAUCCAGAUUGUAUAAAAUGUUCAUUUUUAAUACAACUAUGAUGUUAAAUGUGACUUGGAAUAUGGCUAAAUUAUUCUUGGAGGAGAUUACUUAAUAAAAAAUAAUAUUCGUCAAAGGAGAUGUAUUGAUAAUACUUAUAUUUUAGGUCAAAUAAUUGUUUUAAUUAGUGAACAAAGAGUAAAUUGAAGAGAAGUUUGGAGGAACAUAAACAAAUAGAGUUGAAUUCUGGCCUCCAUCAAUUGUUAGUGCUAACUUCAGAAAGAAUACUUGA